GUGAAGGGUGACGCGAGGUCACGUACCCUCGGGACAAGUUUUCAACAAACUUUGACUAGAAUCUGACCGGUUUUCUUGGUUUGAUAUAAUUACGUCGACAUCCCUGGAAGCCCAGAGAUGUCUACUGUACUUUUGAGCAGGGUUGUCAGAGCUUCAGAUCGUCUUCAACUGGUCUUACGACACGUAGCCAUGGCCUCCACUUCUGCAGAAAGCAUCCCACACCAGAAGGUCGAAGUGAACGGUGUCAACAUCAACUAUGCCAAGGUGGGAACAGGGGACCAUCCAGUACUGCUCAUGCCUGGGGCACUAGGCUCUGCCGUAACUGACUUUGCCCCCCAGCUGGAGAAGUUGAACAGGCAGAAGUUGACGGUUGUCGGGUGGGACCCGCGUGGAUACGGGAAGUCCAGACCUCCAGACAGGGGGUUUGGUAUCGACUUCUUCCACCAGGACGCUGCUGAUGCCGCAGCACUCAUGCAGAAACUUGGCUUUGAUAAGUUCUCGCUGGCUGGCUGGAGUGACGGAGCCAUCACAGCCAUUAUCUUAGCCGGCACAUACCCCCAGCUGGUCAGGAAGAUGGUCAUCUGGGGAGGAAAUGCCUAUGUCACAGAGAAAGACAGCGAGAUGUAUGAAGCAACAAGAGACAUUAGUAACUGGAGUGAACGCAUGCGAGCACCCAUGAUCAACAUGUAUGGGGAGGAGUACUUCCGUAAGACAUGGGAGGGCUGGAUUGAAGGAAUCACACAGUUCCUCGAGCAGAGGAAUGGUGACAUCUGUAAGACAGAGGCUAAUCAGGUGACCUGUCCCACCUUCAUCUUACAUGGUGUCAAGGAUCCCAUGGUUCCUGGUUUUCACCCUGACUACCUACACAAACAUCUUAAAGGAUCUAGGAGACAUGAUUUCCCAGACGGGAAGCACAACAUCCACCUACGGUAUGCUGAUGAGUUCAACAAGCUGAUGGAAGACUUCCUUAUGGAGGAAUAAGUUAGCCAUGCAUGGAGCUUGAUGUACUAAAGAGAUGAUCAACUCCACUAGUGCCUUAAAGGCUUUACAUUUUGGAUGGAA